AUGGACGGUGUGAUCAACGCUUCUGAGCUCCCGAUGCUCUACAGCUAUCAGGCCUUGACUUAUUGUUAUGCUGCAAUAGCUUUUCUAUUUCUGUACGAUUACAGCCUGAUGUUUAGUGAUGAACUCUUAUUCCUCCGCGAAUCAAAGCGUGGAGCGACGAAAGCUUUGUUCAUAACUGCCCGCUACUCGCCUUUCGUAGUUUUCGUUGUUCGGGUCUAUAUGGACUCUGUGUCUGAUCCUGAUAUCAAUAAAUGUCACUCGUUCGAUCUCGUCGUGAGAGUGUUUACCCUUUUUGCCAUUGAGUGUUCGGAGGGGUUGUUUAUCAUCAGAGCAUAUGCAUUAUGGCGAAAAAGCAAGCGAAUCCUUGCGCUCAUUCUCGUCACAUUUCUCACGUCCAUCAUUAUCGCGGUGGCUGUAGCCUUAACGUCGGGCGGGGGUGUUACGUGUUUGUAUCUUCAUUUUGUUGCAGUGUGCAAACUCUCAGAUUUCAGUGCUAAUCAGCUUGAAUUAGUCUCGAAACCACCGGUCUCUACGUUUACAGGAUGCUAUCUGGUCUCUCAGGGCCAUUUAUUGUACAUAGCCUUCAUCGUACUCAUUGUGUUCGAGCUAGAACUUGUUAUCCUUGUUGGAAUUCAAGUUUUUAAAUCAUAUCGCGAAAGCGGUAGCCGUCUGCUCAAAAUUCUCGUUCGACAAAGUGCGAUUUACUAUGCUUGCGGCCUUUUUUGGUCAGCUGUGAAUAUUUUCACCCUGCUACUCCUGAAGGAUGAUUACAACAGCAGUUUGGAAUAUUUCCAGAUCGGUGUGCACACCAUUCUCGCAACGCGCAUGCACAUGUCCUUGUGGAAGGCAGAUCGUCGCGAUGAAAUCGUGGAGACGCCGUCAAUAGCGAUUAGCACAAUACAGUUCGCUGGUGGUGCCUAG